CUAUUAUUUAUUGAAAUUUUCGAAAUUUUAAUAUAUAAAAUUUCGAAAUUUUUUUAAUUUUUCCAAAAAUAAUAUAUUAUUUUAAUAUCAAAAAAAUAAAUAUUAAAAUGUCGAGGGAGUCCGGUAGACGUUCCGUGGAUAUGGGCGACGUGAACCGAAGAUUGAGUAAAGGCAAAGCUAAAGCCACCUCCGACGGUUCGACCUCACGCGGACGCGGUUCUCGAGGAAGACACUCCGUCUCUUCGUUUCCUACUAUCCCAGAUCAUUUAAUCGGAGACGCUAUGACGGAUGAAGAAUUCAACCAGAUUUAUUCUGGUAGAGGAGACGCGAAUCUCCCCACUCUUGAUAGUCUAUUCGAGGAUGUUGAUGAAGCAGGACUCGAUAAUCUUGACGGGGACGAUGAGCCUACACCGCAAAGCAACGACGUCGACGUGGAGGCAGGUGAGCCCGAGACCUCUCGAGGUCCGGACAAAGGUGAAAAAAAUAUAAAUCAGAUUUAUUUGUUUAUCAUUUUGACAAAGACACAAAAGAUGGCAUAGUUUUCGUAAAAGUAUGGCUGAUCCAGAUUUUUACCCUUAUGUCUCCCCUAUGAGAGAUAAAUGGUGUACUUAUUAUUUGUACAUUCCUGAUAUUUAUAAAAUAGGUAUUAUUUGUGAUCCACGAUUUAAGAUUGAAAAUUUUAAAAUUCUAAUUGAGUAUUACUACAGUUGUUUUUUAGAUAAAAAUAGUUAUUACUACAGCUAUUUAGUAGAAUGGAAAAAUGAAAGAGAUAAUUCUAUAACUCUUUUUGAGGAUUUGUUUAAGGAAUAUCAAGGGUUAUACGGUACUGUACAAGAAGAAACAGCACCACCUCCGCCCCCGAAAUCAAAAAAGGUUUUGCCGCCAUAGUCGGUGGCCUUCUUGCAAAGAAAAUGAAGCGUGCCCAGUCUUCGACGAGUUCAAGUGGUACAACAGUAAGCUCGCACAACAAACUUGCUAUGUACCAGGGUGUGCCAUGCGAUUACGAUGACGACGAUGUCGAUUUUGACGUGCUCGGAUGGUGGAAGCGGAACGAACACAUGUUCCCAUGUCUCGGCAUGCUAGCAAGACAAGUGUUGUCCGUCCCAGUAUCAACCGUAGCAGUUGAAUGAGAAUUCAGUGCUGGCGGGAACAUUUUAACCGACUAUCGAAGUUGUCUUAACGCUGAAUCUCUUGAAACACUGGUUUGCAACCAAGAUUGGCUCUUGGCAAGGCGUCGGGCUCAAGAGUCAUCGUACCAACUCGAAUCGGAGCAUUACAUGAAUGCAACCACAUAUGGAAGUCCGAGUUCUGAAUAAUAAGUUAUAAAUUUU